AUGUCUUGCACUGUGGCCAUUGUUGACAAUGCGGAAGGAGCAGUUUCCUUGUCAAAUAGGGCAAAAUCACUUGAUGCCAUAUCAUUCAAUGACGAUGACCGCCCAUCCUUACUGGCCAAUGGUACAGAUGCUCGUACUUCUUCUGAAACUGCUGGCUUUAGAGUUGCAGAGCUCUUAUUGUCCAACGGGGACGCUUAUUCUGGGUCCCUGCUUGGCAACACUCCUGAGGGUUCAGGGAAGUAUGUCUGGUCAGAUGGUUGCACAUAUGAGGGCGAGUGGAGACAGGGGAUGAGGCAAGGAUGUGGCAAACUUCAAUGGCCUUCUGGAGCUUUGUAUGAGGGUGAAUUUUCAGGUGGUUAUAUGCAUGGAACUGGGACGUAUAUUGCAUCUGAUAAUUUGACCUAUAAGGGACGGUGGCGGUUGAAUCUAAAACAUGGGUUAGGACUUCAAACAUAUCCUAAUGGAAAUGUCGUUGAAGGAUCUUGGAUUCAGGGAACUCUGGAAGGGCCUGGUAAGUAUACGUGGCCUAACGGAAAUAUGUAUCUGGGAAAUAUGAAAGGAGGGAAAAUGUCAGGAAAAGGAACUCUUACUUGGAACAAUGGGGACUCAUAUGAAGGAAGCUGGUUAAAUGGCAUGAUGCAUGGAUUUGGAGUAUACACAUGGAGUGCUGGUGGAUGCUUCGUAGGAACUUGGACACGGGGUCUGAAGGAUGGGAAAGGUGUAUUUUAUCCAAAAGGCAGCAAGCUUCCAGCCGCACAAGAACUGUACCUUAGUGCUCUAAGAAAACGAGGGCUACUGCCGGAUUUGAGAAAGCAAAAUCAAGUUUCACAUAUUCAGCAUGCUUCUUCGGUUGAUAUGGGAAAUGUCAAGGUUGGUGGGAACCGUGGAUCUCGUCGUAAUUCAUAUGAUAAGCUCUCAAAGGGAAGGCUUUUAGGUCUGGAUCAAUCUCGCACAACAAAUGUUUCCCUGGAAAGACGCUGGAGUCUUGAGGUAUCUAUCGAGAAAAUUAUCGGGCAUGAUUUAUCCCUGGGUUCAUCAGAGAAUGUUUUAGAAGAUGGAGAAAAUGCGGAUGAUGCUAACAGUCCAAUCCUGGAAAGAGAAUAUAUGCAAGGUGUUUUAAUAAGUGAACUUGUUUUAAACCAUUGUUUUUCACCCUUAUCCAAAAGCGCAAAAAGGCGACAGAAGAAACUUGCAAGGGAGGUAAAGAGGCCAGGUGAAGCAAUUAUUAAAGGUCACAGGAGUUAUGAUUUAAUGCUCAGUUUGCAGCUUGGAAUCAGAUACACUGUGGGGAAAAUUACACCUAUCCAAAUUCGAGAAGUGCGAGCUUCAGAUUUUGGUCCGCGUGCCUGCUUUUGGAUGAAUUUUCCAAGAGAAGGGUCCCAAUUGACGCCCCCUCAUCAGUCGGAGGAUUUUAAAUGGAAAGAUUAUUGUCCAAUGGUUUUCAGGAACUUGAGGGAGCUGUUCAAAAUCAAUGCUGCUGAUUAUAUGAUGUCUAUUUGUGGAAAUGACGCUCUUAGGGAACUCUCCUCUCCUGGUAAAAGUGGAAGUGUGUUUUUCCUGUCUCAAGAUGAUCGUUUCAUGAUUAAGACACUCCGGAAAUCUGAAGUAAAGGUGUGCCAUCUCAAUUUGGAUCUUGCAAAUUGA